CAGCAGCAGCAGCAGGAGGAGGAGAAGAGCGAGAACGUCUCGUGUCUUCCACACACCAAACAGCAGCAGAAGCAGCAGGAGCAGCAGCAACAGCAAGAGCAGCAGGAGCAGCAGCAACGGAAGGAGAAACUGCAGCAACAGAGGAGGCGACAGAAGCAAGCCACCCGAUCUUCCAUGCUACGUGCAGCAGCAGCGGCAGGACGAGUACUACUACUACAACAACAGCAGCAGCAGCAGCAGCAAAUUGCAGAGGGCCAUAAACAGCAACCACAACCACAGCAGCAGCAGCAGCGGCUACAGCAGCAGCAACAGCGGAUGCAGCAGCAGCAGCGGCAGCAGCAGCGGCAGCAACAGGCUAGUGAGAGUAUCAGAGAUCGACGUGAGAUGCACGCAGUAGCAUCUCGUCCAUUUCCAAGUGGAACCAAGAGCAAACCGGAAGCUGCAACAGGAGAAGCAGCAACAGCAGCAGCAGGAUCAGCAUCUACAGCGGCGGCAGCACCAGCAACACGGGAAGCAGCAGCAGGAUCAGUACCUACAGCCGCGGCAGCGACAGCAGCGGCAGCAGCGCCAGCAGCUGAGGCAGCAAGAACAGCAGCAGCAGGGGAAGGAGUACUAGCUGCAACAAUAGGGACAGCAGUAGCGGCAACAGGAACGGCGACAACACGACUAUCAGCUCCGACUACAAGGACAUUAGACAGAUCUACAUGCAUACGUAGCAGCAGCAACAACAGCAGCAGCAGCAGCAACAGCAAAAACAGAGCACAGGUACC